GUAACCGUCUAUAAAGGCUCAUCAGAAGACAUGUUUCUCCUUCUUUAUCUGAGCUUUUGGGGUGUGUUGGGGUCACAAAAUCAAAACCUGAGCACAACAACGACAACAACGACGCAAGCAUUUGUGACACCUGGAGACGACAACGGCCAGUGCACGACCUGCCAAUUUAGACAGCAGAGUAAACUCUUGCGCCUACAUUCUAUCAAGUCUCAGAUUUUGAGCAUUCUGCGCCUAGAACAGGCUCCGAACAUCAGUAGAGAUACGGUCAAGCUACUCUUACCCAAAGCACCUCCGCUGCAGGAGCUCCUGGAUCAGUAUGACCAAAAUGGAGGUAUUAGUGAGGAUGAGGAACAAGCAAGCAGCGAGACCAUCAUUACUAUGGCCACUGAAUCUCAAGCCAUCACCCAGCUUGUGGGAAUGCCUAAGUGUUGCAUGUUCGCAUUGAGUCCAAAGAUUCUGCCUGACAGCAUCCUGAAGGCCCUGCUCUGGAUCUACCUCCGACCAGCUGAGGAGCCAACCACAGUCUACAUCCAGAUAUCUCAUCUGGAGUCUUCUUCUGAAGGGAACAACCACUCGAGUAUACGUGCGCAAAAAAUUGACGUGAAUGCCCGGACAAAUUCUUGGCAACACAUCGACAUGAAGCAGCUGUUGAAACUCUGGCUCAAACAGCCCCAGAGUAACUUUGGGAUAGAAAUCAAGGCCUUUGAUGCAAAUGGGAAUGACCUGGCAGUGACCUCCACAGAAUCUGGAGAAGAAGGACUGCAACCCUUCCUGGAGGUGAAAAUAUCAGACACCGGGAAGCGAUCCAGACGGGACACUGGCCUUGAUUGUGAUGAGCAUUCCACUGAAUCUCGCUGCUGCAGGUAUCCACUCACGGUUGACUUCGAGGACUUCGGAUGGGACUGGAUAAUUGCUCCCAAGCGCUACAAGGCCAAUUACUGCUCCGGUGAAUGUGUGCAGAAGUACCCCCACAGUCACAUCGUCAACAAGGCCAACCCAAGGGGCAGUGCAGGUCCCUGCUGCACUCCUACUAAGAUGUCACCCAUAAACAUGUUGUAUUUCAAUGAUCGUGAGCAGAUAAUCUACGGAAAAAUCCCUUCGAUGGUGGUAGACCUUUGCGGUUGCUCUUGAGCCCAGUGGUUUCUUGAGUCACUAGGACAGUAAGCCCUUACUGCUCUGGACCAGAGGGAAGCGAAAACAACCUUUACCUUGACCCUGACAAAAUAGUUCCUGCUAAAAUAAAUUGACCACACCAUUAUUCCCAAUAAGCCAACUUAGCCAAUUCUUUUUAGCUCAUUCUCAUCAACUAUUGCACACAAGGACAAACGUGGUAGCAAUGUGACAAGGGUUUCUUUGUUUGUGAAGGUAUAAGGCUUCCCCAUGUGAAUGCAUUUGAGCAUAGAGAUGACCUGAUGGGCUUUACCGGAGUGAUAUCAGAAUGUACAAAUAGCAAAAAGUACUUUUAGGUUUUAAAUUAAUGUCAAAGGGGGUUGUAUAGUUGAUUAUUUAUAUAAAGUCGCUUAUCCCCCAGUGACCCAAAAACAAGAACGCUGACCCAGAAACUCACUCAACAUGACGUCUCAACAACAGACUUUAGGAAUUCUGCAGUUGGUUCAUAGUAUAUGGGUAGCUGAUGAUUGAUUGAAAUAGGUAAGCCUCUUUGUUACUGUAACUUGUCACAAUUUAUAAAUGUACAAAUAAUCCUUAA